AUGUCAAUGAUCGACAAAAAAGUAGAGGAGGGCGCUUUGUCGCCAUCUCAUUCCAAUGUCGGAGAGGUUACCGAUGCCUAUGCCCACGAUGCCGUGUUUGGAGAGAUCACAGAAGAUGGUCCGAAUUAUCGCAAUGUCGGAUGGCUCGGAACAGCUGUUCUGAUGAUGAAGACCCAGAUCGGUCUGGGUGUUCUUUCGAUUCCAGUUGCUUUUGAUGCCCUCGGUAUCGUACCCGGUGUAAUAGUCCUGUGCGCAAUCGCUGGUAUCACAACGUGGUCAGACUACAUCAUUGGUGUCUUUAAAAUGCGCCAUCGUGAAGUUUACGGAAUCGACGACGUGGGCGAGUUGUUAUUCGGCAAGCCGGGAAGAAUCAUUCUCGGAACCGCCUUCGUUCUCUGGUGGAUGUUCACUGCGGGCUCUGGAAUGCUGGGCAUCUCCAUUGGCUUGAAUGCCGUGUCCGAUCACGCCACUUGCACCGCCGUUUAUGUCGCCGUUGCCUUUGUGGUGGCAUUCAUCCUAGGUAGCAUCCAGACGCUAGGACGUAUCUCAUGGAUUGCAUGGGUUGGCUUGACCUGCAUUCUUACCUCGAUUCUCAUUGUUACCAUUGCCGUUGGUCUGCAAGAUCGUCCAGCCUCAGCACCCAAGGAUGGCGUCUGGGUCUCUGACUACAAGAUCAUCACCGACGCUUCCUUCUCCACUGCAAUCUCAGCUGUAACAACAAUCGUAUUCGCGUACGCUGGUACACCGGCAUUCUUCUCUAUCGCAUCGGAGAUGCGCAAUCCCCGUCAUUAUAAUCGAUCCCUUAUCCUCUGCCAGUCCGUCGUCACUUGCUUUUACAUUAUAGUCGGCGUGGUAAUCUACUACUUCUGCGGAUCUUAUGUGUCCUCGCCUGCCUUGGGCUCUGCUGGACCGGUCGUGAAGAAAGUCAGCUAUGGAUUCGCCCUUCCCGGCUUAAUAGCCAGUACUCUGCUUUUCGUCCAUAUCACUGGCAAAUACCUCUUUGUUCGAAUCCUCCAAGGCUCCCGUCACCUAGUCGCAAACACCAUGGUUCACUGGUCCGUCUGGCUCGCAUGCACCUUCGGCGUCUCCCUCAUCGCCUACAUCAUCGCAAGCGCCAUCCCCGUAUUCAGCGACCUCGUCUCUCUCGUAGGUGCCUUGCUCGGUACCCCCAUGUGCUUCCAACCCAUGGCCGGCAUGUGGCUCUACGACAACUGGAGCCGACCCAACCGGGGAUGGAAGUGGACCGCGAUGGUCUGCUGGUGCGGAUUUGUGAUCGUCGCUGGAACCUUCCUUAUGAUUGCCGGCACAUACGGAUCGGUGAUUAGCAUCAUCGACGACUACAAGGCUUCUGGUGGGUCGGCGGCCUGGUCUUGCGCCGACAACUCUUCAUCCUAA